CAAAGCGACUAAUCUUCUCCUUCUUCUCCAUCUCUUCAUCAAAUUAACCUAACCGCCACCAUCUUCCUAAAAAUCAAAUCCAUGGCGGCGGUUUCAACCCCAGCAUCAACAUUUUGCAUACUCAGCCACAAACAGAACACAUUUUCGCUUUCAAAAAACAGCAGUCCCUGUAUAUUCCUUUCUCGAUCUUCAACAAUACACGAUUUAGCGUUACGCCGUUCUGUCAGAGUCAAAGGAAGCAGCGAUGAAGCUGAUACAGCUACGGAUUCAACUGGAGAAACUGAGAUGGAGACUCCGAUUGAUGUUAUAGAAGCGGAGAACAAUCGAUAUUCACUCAUCUCUGCUUUGAAUGUUGAAAGAGCGAUUCGCGGCAUCCCUAUCACAGAUGUAGAUCAUUAUGGUAGACUUGGAAUUCCCAUGGGAUCUGCUUAUGAACAGGUUACAAUUGCAUAUAAGAGAAAGUUAGACGAAUUAAUGAACCAAAAGCUUGAAGCGGAUGAACUCUCCCAGAAACUGGAGCUGUUGAAGGAAUCACACGGAAUAUUGUCAAUUCCAGAGGAGAGAAGAUUAUAUGAUUGGAGUUUAGCAAGGAAUGAGAAAACAAAUACAUAUUCAUGGCCAUUUGAAGUUGAUCUAACUCAAUCUCCUCCCAUUCUUCAAGAACCUCCUCCUGUACAGUUACCGGAAAAUGAAGAACCAACGAGAUUACUUGGAUACUUCAUAUUGGCUUGGUUGGUAUUGUCGUUCAUCUUGUCGAGUGGUCUUAAUCGUUGAUAGGUAGGCUUGUUUGGUUAGAGAGCUGAUUCUAACCAAAAUAUUUAUCUUUAAAGAGAGAAAUACCAUUAUUUCCUUUUGUAUUCUCUUGUAAAUUUCAAAACUUGUUUGAAAAAAAUGAUGCAGUUCA